GUGUGCACACCUCUUACGAGUUUACCAGGCGUACGUCGAGCAGAACGAGCGGACAGUUACCUUUCUGUUCCGACACCGCGAGGAUCUACCUCCCUCUAUCGCUGCGAGCACAUCGGUGAUCGGUUCUCGGUCGUUCGGGGAGAAGAAGUACCGUCUGUCGUCGACAUGAAGAUCUACGCGUUGGCGUACCGUUUACUCACGUGGACCGCGGUCCAGGCGAUCUCCAACGCUUGGAGACCGUCGUUCCCGACGGCAGCCAGCAUUUUUCACCAGGAAAGCUCUGUUUACGGGGACGGUGAAUAUCUGUACGACGCUUCCCCGUUGCUGGCGCAACACGAUCAGGACGGAUGCGCCCUGUACAAGAUAGUGAUGAAGCAGCAGCUGUACUUCGAGUACGUUCACUACAAGACGGAGCUGCCGGACAUGAAGGAGUUCACCCUGUGCAUGUGGGCCAAAUUCUACAAUCACACCAACGAUCAUCCGCUCUUCUCGUACGCAGUCGGGGACCAGCCGAGGGGGAUCCUGUCCUGGGUGGCGAACUCUGCGAGGAGCUCCUACUUCAUGAUGAACGUCGACGGGCACAACUUGUACAGAUUGAAUUACCCGCUGCGAUUGAACAAGUGGUAUCACUCGUGCCAGAGCUGGAACGGGCGCACGGGAGAAUGGCAGAUCUGGGUUAACGACGAGCGCGUCGGCCGCGGAUUCAACAACAGGCUGGUCGGACACGUGAUCAAAGGAGGUGGGAUAGCCAUCACGGGGCAGGAGCAACGACAGCUGGGUGGCGGCUUUUUGGAAGGCGAAGGCGCCCCUAAAGGCUCCGGUGGUCUGUUGGGCGAGGUGACCAUGGUACAGCUCUACGACGUGGCGCUCACGGCGGGCAAGGCUCACAAGGAUCACAAACAUCACCACGUUCACCACUACGAGCACGACACGAGCAACAACACGCCCAGACCCACCAGCCGCCCACCGGUUACCGGUCCACCCUUACCGCAACAUCCGUUCCUCACGGCCGGUCAAAUCAAUCACCGGGUGAAAAUCAACCCAGGAUCACCGCUGCAGAUCAUGCAGAACGGCGUUACCCUCAGGCACCCGGCGAUCGUUCCUCGCGAUCCACCGCCUCAACCGCUCCCACCCGUGAACCCCGAAGCCGUCGCGGCCGCGUUUCCCCUGCGAUCUACUCAGUUCUUCGGCAACCUCCAGCCUACCGUCGGAUUGCCCACGGCGAGCGGAAUAACGGGUGCCGGGGUGAAUUUGGCGGACGGGCCGUACCGCAAUCUUUUCAAGAGGGAGAAGAAUUCGUUGGGCGUUGAACCCGAGGGCGAGGAAUCGAAUUCAGAGGAGACCGCGAUCGAGAAAUCUGUCGUUACCAGAGCGCUGGACGAGCAGACCUCCGACGGCAAAGUGACGUUCGUGCCGAGCGAAGAUUCGGAGGAUAAGAAGCUGGAGAAGAGGGACUCCGAGAAGAAAAAGAGGGGACUGGUGCACAUCGGCGACGGACUCAUCGUCGACGACGGGUUCGUUCCCCAGACGUUGGACAACAAUUAUUUCGCGGGCCUGAUCAAUUUCGGGCAGCAGUUGCCCAAGUACGAGAACAAGGACGACGAGAGGGAACCCGCGGAAGCCGAGGUGAAAAUGAUCAUGGACAUCUGCGACGGUUGCGCCGAAGAGCCGUUCGAGAAGGCCCUGAUCAUGGGAUGGAGAUCGGUGCCUAAGAAAUUGUACUCCGGCGCGGUUCACGUGCCGGCAACGCAAUCGUGCAAGGCGUUCUGACAAUGAGAUUUAUGGCCAUCGCUAUCGCUGACACAGGAUCUCUCCUAAGCGCCGUGGAGGGAACCCGACGAAUCUCAAGAAAGAACGGGUCGAUCGCGUGUGCCAAGGGGAAUCGAUCGAGCACGUUCGGAGACGUAUUUAUUGCGUAGAGUAGCGGAUGCUUUGCGAUUACGAACUUUAAGGGCUGAAGUCGGGGAGACGCACCCGAGCCGAUCUCGGUACGAGUAUCUAACGUUUACGGGGUGAAAGAAAUCCGGCUUUGUCCUCGUCGCGAAGGAGUGAACUAAUAAAAUCGUUGUAUACCUUGCUCUUGUGAA